CAGUGCCCCAACGUAACUUGUUGCCCACCUGUUUGCACCUUGAGUCACCCAACCCCCCGACCACCACUACCAUGGGUCCUUUCCCAAUUCAUCAGUAUUGCAUGGCCCUCGUGAGGGCCUGCGAGCUUGCGGCCCCCGCCGAAGUGGAGGAAUGCGUCGUCAUCCCUGCGGGCCUGGCCAACUACUUCCUCCUCGACAGCCGUCUCGUCGCCAAGAUUCGCAUGCUGACUGGGGCAGCCAUCACCCAUAUCCUCGUGAGGGGCCAGGUCGCUGAUAUGUGGCUGAGCGGCCGCCCAGACGCUGUUGCUCACGCCAAGCGAACCAUGCUCACGCUCGCCGACGACUUUGUCAACUCGAAGGACUUCAUCGACGACGCCCCCGCCGCCGUGGUGCAGGCUGACGACGACGACGCUGCCAACUGA